AUGACAACUUCACAUAGGCCCCAACUGGAGGCCAGAAGUGGUGCUAAAGGAGCAGCUUACGUUCCAACAGGUACGCAACAUGCUAGACUUCUCCCGGGACAUACUAAACUGAAGCUAAGAAGUAAGCGACGUGAAUCGAACAGUGAGGUUGAUCAAAAUAGAACAAUCGAUGAAGAAGAUGUCAGUGAGGCUGGGGGUUCGGAGGAAAGUGAAGACGAGGAUUCAGAUGAUGACCAGGAGGCGUUGUUGCAAGAAUUGAAUAAGAUUAGGCGGGAAAGGAUGAUAGCGAAGAAGCAACAGGAACUUGAGUCUGUUGUUAAAGUCGAGGAGGAUGCAUCCACGCCAACACCACAAGAAAAAUCUAGUUGGCGAAAGAGUACAGUUUUUGGUGUAAAUAAAGUCACUAAACCGUCAGGAACGCAAAACACAGCAGGUCCGAAAAGUUACAAGAAUGAUAUAACAAAUUCAGAGUAUCAUCAAGACUUCUUGCGCCGUUAUGUGAGGUAG